AUGACGAAUCGAGUACGCGACCAAAGCGAGAUCCGUCGACGGACGCGACAAGUCCGCGAACACCAAGGCUUAUACGGUAAGUUAAUUCGAAAUCGACCAAUGAAAAGCGUGCGAGUCGGUCGAGCAGAAGAGAUUGAUUGUAGUCUGUUUUGUAUUCGCACAGGAAAUGCGAUUAUGAUGUGUUUAAAUUGUAAUUUGUUAAAAAUUAAUCGACGAAUUUAAUUGAAAUCAAGGAUUCGCGAGAAGGAAAUGACGAAAACCUUGUUUAUAGCAAAAGAAAUGGCAACAACUUAACUUACAAAAUAAGAAAUGACAAGAACUUUGUUUACAAAAAGAAAUGACAAGAAUUUUGUUUACAGUAUAAGAAAGGGCAGGAACUUUCUUUACAAAGCAAAAAAUGACAAGAACUUUCUUUACAGAACAUAAAGUCGCAAGAACAAUACAAAGAAAGGCAAGAACGUUCUUUAAAAAUCAAAAAAUAGCAAGAACUUUCUUUACAAAACGAAAAAUGACAAGAACUUCCUUUACAAAACAAAAAAUGGCAAGAACUUUCUUUACAAAACGGGGUGUUUUCAUUCAAAAACGCAGUAAUUUAAGGCUUUGUAAAGGAAUGUCUUGCCAAUUUUUUGUUUUGUGAAGAAAUUUCUUGCCAUUUUUUGUUUUGUAAAGAAAGUUCUCGUCAUUUUUUAAUCUGUAAAGAAAGUUCUUGCGAUUUUUUAGUUUGUACAGAAAGUACUUGUCAUUUUUUGUUUUGUAAAGUAAAGUUCUCGUCAUUUUUUAAUCUGUAAAGAAAAUUCUUGCCAUUUUUUAUUUUGUAAAGAAGGUUAUAGCGAAAAUAUUGCUUUUUGUAAAACUUUUAAAAUUAGAGUGUAAUUUCAAUUUGUAAAAUGUCUGCGAACUUUGAAAAAGUUUUUUUGUCGCGAAACACAAGCCUUUUUUAAUUUGAUGGUUUUUUAAAAAUUACGACCACUUUUUGUAACUAAUCGAUCAAACCUGCAACAAAAAAGGUUUAAAAAACCGCGGUUUAUUGAUGGAAGGGGGGGGGGUAUUUUGUCGUUCCGUUCGAUCGGCUUUGAACGGAAGUCGAAGCCCCGCCCCCAACCAUGGAAAUUUUGUCAAUUUCGCGCGCGGCGAGACUGAUUUCCGGCUCUCUCUACCAACGGUCGAUUCGACAUAAUAUUUUAUUUAUUUUGCUACAGAGGCUUUGAAUUUUGAAAAUUUUUGAAAUUUUGAAAAAAUUUUUAAAAUUUCGAAUUUAAACUUUGAAAUUUCGCAAAAAAUUGAGAUUUUGUGAUUUGCUACAGACUAAAACUUGAAAAAAUAGCGGCCGACAAAGUAAUACUACGUUGAGGCCAAUGAAAGGCAUGGUAUGGGUCAUAAAAGGUACCGUUUGUUGAUAAUAUGGGCUGGUUUAUUAUAAAAAUAUUAGAUAGAGGGGCGUUUUUGUAUAAAAAAUUGUUUUUGGACAGAAUGUAAAGCAGAGUAUAUUGCGGUAAAAUAAGGCAAUAAAAAAGUAAAUUCUUGCCAUGUAUACUUAUCGUAUAAGAUGUCUUUCGCAGCCUGCAUGGCGAUUUUUAUUGAAUAGUGCGGCAACAUGGGAUUUUAUAAUGAUAAUUUAUGAUAUUUUUCAUUUUGUAAAGAAAGUUUUUGCAAUUUUUUGUCUUGUAAAGAAAGUUAUUGCCAUUUUGUGUUUUGUAAAGAAAGUUUUUGCUAUUUUUUGCUUUGUAAGCAAAGUUUUUGUCAUUUUUUGCUUUGUAAAGAAAGUUCUUGCUAUUUUUUGUUUUGUAAAAAAAGUUCUUGCCAUUUUUCCAAAAACUUUCAAUAAGGAAUCUGUAAAAAGUAGCUGAAACUUCAAAAUCAUCGACUAAAAUAACAUGAAAAUACCAUUAAUAACCUCGUCAGCUGAUGUUUAAUGUUUUUUUAUUAUCAUAACGUUUGUUCCGCGAUGACAGAGUUAGUAAUAUUGCUUUCGUAGUUAAUAUCGACUAAAAUUUUUUUCGAAAAUUAAAAUUUUUAAAUUUUUUUUAAUAUUUAAAAGGGCAAAAACAAGUUAGGAACUUAAAGAUGGCCCUUUUUAGCCAAUUUUAUGUUAGUUUAGCUAACAAAUUUACUAAAUUUGUUAUCUAAAUUACUAUUUUUCUCAAAUUUUAAGCUAAUUCCACGAAGAACGGUGGGGGAAUUACAGAACGGUGUAAUUCCCACAUCGUUCUCAACAAAUAAAGUACUUUUGUCUAUAAAGCAAGCUUGUUUUAAAGUCGAUAUUAACUAUGAGAGCGAUAUUAAUACGUCUGUCAUCGUGGAAAAAACGUUAUGAUAAUAAAAAAAACAUUAAACAUCAGCUGACGUGGUUAUUAAUGGUAUUUUCAUGUUAUUUUAGUCGAUGAUUUUAAAGUUUCAGCGACUUUUUAUAGCUUUUUUAUUGAAAGUUUGGGGGAAAAUGGCAAGAACUUUGUUUACAAAACAAAAAAUGGCAAGAACUUUCUUUACAAAACAAUAAAUGGCAAAAACUUUCUUUACAAAACAAAAAAUGGCAAGAACUUUCUUAAAAAAGCAAGAGAUGACAAGGACUUUCUUUACAUUUAAAAAUUUUAAAAUGUUUCACUAUUUCCGUCAUGAUGACAUAAAAACGAGAAUUCUUUCAGAUGCAAUGCACGAUGCGCAGGAUAUGAUUGCUCGUGAGGCGAACUUUGACGCCGCCGGUACGAACAUGCCAUACUUGUAUCGACCGGUCUCACCAACACCCGAAAAACGACCGGUCGAAGACGACGAAACCGGCGGUUUCUUGACCAAAGAACACCUGGCCGAAGACGCACAUUACGCACAGUUGUACGCCAAAACGGUGCGAUUUUAGAUUUUUUUAGGGAUUUUAGAUAAUUGUCUUAUUUUAGAUAACGAAAUGUCAAAUUUUUAAAAAAUUUUGCGAAAUGUCACAAAAUCUAUCGGAUUUUAAAACCAUUUUAAAUUUAAAAAAAAUUUGUAAAAUACGGUACAAACUCUGCACAUUGGCUAUAAAAUCCUGCUUUUAAAGUAAUUCAAAGGUUUCGUACUUUUUGACGAACUGUCACAAAAUUUAUCGGAUUUUGUGACUAUUGACAAUUGGUCUAAAAUUUGAUUUUUAUGAAUACUGAAAGUGCAAAGUAAGAUAAAAUUUAGGUUUUCAUAAAAAUAUUUUUUUUUUUAGUUUUUAAAAUACGAUUUUCAGCCAUUUUUACUGCGCCCGUUCACAUGGAUUCAACGGAUGCGGCGGACGUUAAAAGACGACUUUGCUUCUAUUUUUUUGCUUUUGUUCCUAUAUUUACUUCAGGUACGUAAAAUACGUCAUUUCUAUCUACUUCAUUGGCAGUUUUUUCUUAAUUUUGUGUAUUUUUAAAUUUUUGAAAAAAAAAUUUUUAAAUUUUAAUACGAAUUUCUUCAGGGUAUUCCACUCGGAUUGAUCUCAGCCAUUCCAUUGAUCUUACAAAGUAAAGAAAUCACUUAUGCUCAGCAAGCGGUAUUCUCCUUCGCUCAUUGGCCUUUCAGGUAGGGCUUUUGGUACUUUUUAAUUGAAAAACGUAAUCAACUUUUUAUGAAUGAUAUUGCAAAAGUAGUGUAAUGUCAUGUCAGUACAACGUAGAUUCAAAGGCAAAAUUGAGCUAAAAACGGGGCGAAAUGGCAAAAAUCGACCAAAAUCAGUAAUCAGUAAGAAACGGCCAAAUUUGAGGAAAUGUUUUGAAAAAUUGAGGGGGCUAAGGACUUUUUGGCCGAAUUAACGUUGCCUCUUAUGAUUAUUAGCUUAUUCUCGAUUAGUAUAAACUUAGUUUUUACAUGUAGGACAAUAGGGUCACAUAGAAAAUGGCAGAAACUUUGGGUUUUCACUAAAUUUCGGCGAAAAAAUAGAGUUUUCAAUGUUUAAUGCCAUUUUUCAUUAAAAAUAUUUUUCUAAAAUACCGUCUAAUUUUGGUUAAAAACAGAGGUUUUUCAAUUUUUAAUGUCAUUUUUCAUUGACACUCGAUGUAAAAAGGUAUAAAAUUAGCGUUAGAGGAUGGAGCUCAGUGUGUAAGGAUGUAGUGAAAAUCAGUUCUAACCAAAAAUCUUACAGUAUGAAGCUACUGUGGGCCCCCAUCGUCGACUCACUCUACUUCAAAAGCAUUGGCCGAAGGAAAUCGUGGAUGGUACCAUGCCAGUACCUGAUUGGUGCUUUCCUCCUGGUCGUCAGUUAUUACGUACCGGAAAUUAUGGGCACAAAAGGUGACACUCAGCCGAAUGUCUUCUUCUUAAUGGCCGUCUUUUUGCCAUUGAACUUUUUGGCUGCAACUCAAGAUAUCGCAGUGGAUGGAUGGGCUCUGACUAUGUUGUCGAGGUAGGUUAUAGAGUAGGAUAGGGCUAUAGUGGUCAAAAAGGUUUUUUCUUUUGUUCUUGGGCACUUCUGAGGGAUUUUAAACGUAGGAUUACAAAGUUAUGACAAUUUGAAAAAAAUGGAAGAUUGAUGGAAGAUUUGUAAUGUAAUUUGCACUGAAAAUCUUCCACUUUUUAAACGUUAUCCUAAAAGCCUAUAUUUGACUAUUAUCUACUAAAUGUGAGGUUUUUAUUAGCUUAGGUGACUAAAAAACGGUUUUUCGUGAAAAAACUGAAAAUUUAGGUAACAAAAAUAAUUUGAAUUUCAGAAAAAACGUUGGAUACGCGUCAACGUGUAAUGUUGUUGGCCAAACAGUCGGUUUUUUCAUGGGAAAUGUGGUCUUUCUGACCCUUCAAAGCAAAGACUUCGCUAACAAAUGGAUUCGCACAGUGCCACAGGACAAGGGGCUGGUCGAGUUUGAUGGUAGGUUUAAUAUUUUUUAUUUUUUGAAAUUUUUGGUUAAAAAUGAUAGUUUGUUAAUUUUAAAAGACUUCUUAUUGUUUAAGAACUGAAUUUGGGGCAUUUUGAGGGCAAAAAUACUUAAAAAUAGCUUUCUGCAGCCUGCACGAGUCAUGUUGUACGAUGA